UCCGCUUAAUGCAUCGUUAGUCUCCGACCUUGCUAUUUUAAUCAUUCAACAACACCUUUGUAUAGCUGGAAAUUACACYGUAAACUGAGGAAAGUUUGUGGUAGUUGAGGUACUCGAGUCGAAAGACUAUUCCAGAAUGAAAGAAACAAAUCCUAGUCACAUCCUUUUGCGGAUAUUCGCAACAAUGAUGAUAUUUUCAAGAGUAUUAGUGCGAUUGAAUUCCAAUGGAUUGUCUAUGCUGGAUAACUCAAUCACUGAUCUUCUUGGGGCUGUAAUACUAUACUCCGGUAUGCUAAUAACAAUUCAGCUAAAUGGCCAUACCAAGAAACUCAAUCGAAACAUAGCAAUGACGAAAGACAAACGGUAUCAGAUGAGUGCUUUCUAUGAAUUAGCAAAAACAUGUAUAUCAACCCGUCAAGAUUUUGCCGCGCUGAGAUAUUACAAAAAGGCCUUUGAUAUUGCUGAGGAAAUUAGUGACUACGUCUCGAAAUACAAMUUUUAUUGUCUAUUAGACAAAACUGCUAAAGAAAUGAUUGGAUGGAAAACUGGACAGAAUUUGCUAUUGUGSAAUAAUGCCUUUGAAGAAAGAUAUAAGGGACCAGCGUACACCAAAGAAUACCUGGAGGAAAUAAAGAAUAGACGUUUUCCUGUUUCAYUGAAUAUUUCACCACACGACAAUUUCCAUUGCCUUCACAGAGAGGAUGASGUUCUCCAGGAAGAUCUGUUGCUCAUGAUCAAUGUAUUCAAAGCUAUUGAUCAGCCUAAUAACGUUGUCCGUUGCGGCAAAAAAUACAUAUACUGUUAUCUAAAUGAAGUCAGAAACAUAAAAUCCAAAAUGAGAGUUUGUCUUGAUAUAGCUGAAGGACUUUAUCAACUCCGCGAAUAUGAWGAUGUYGAACAAUAUUGCAAGAAGUGCAUCUACUUUAGAAGUAUUUGCGGCCACAAAAACGACCUUUGCCUCACUCAGGAAAGAGCGAGAAUGAUUCGUAAGAUGGCUCUAGGCUGGCGCAGCYUGUAUGACUCGGAAAGGGMCACUGCGUUUUACCACACAAGCGAAGCUGUAAAAAUCGCGGAGAAGACAAAAAGUAGAAAGCUUAUGAUUGAAUCWUAUUUGAAGCAAGCUGAAUWUUUCACGAURGUAAAUGAGCACAAGCUUGCWGUUGAUKUAUUGAAAACAUGMGCGUUAAGUAGAGCAGAGAAGUUGAAGGAGAAAAACGCCAUUUUGAGCAUACAUUUGGCUUUGACUGUGUGCUACAUGUCGUUAAGUAAGAAACAAGAAGCUUCCAUUUCUCUUAAGGAUUUCUUUUCUGCGUUAGAUCAAGCUGGAAGUGUUGGAUGUAGUCUGUUUGAAUCUGUUGCUCUUAAUGUGCUAUUCCAAAACCAUGAAAAUGGCUAUGUUGAAAAGCGUUCAGAUAGUUCAUCGACGAAAAGAAGUCAAAUUCAAGGAAACGCCGCUAAAAGCAUUCAAACAAUUGUCGGAUUUCAAUCCCAAAAUUACAUACCUUACUUAAGGGAAAUCUUAUCAAAAAAUGUCUUUAUUGUUCAAAAACUGAUUACGAGGAUCUGUGUACACUUAAAGGACAUCGACAUCGUGGAGUCACGAAAAAACUCCAAGAUUUUGAAAGACUUAUUGGACUUUCUAAAAACAGCUUGUCAAUCUACGYUUUAUUCGGAAGACAACAAGGCGCUCGAGCUUUCACUAUUCGGGGYAAUAGAAUAUGCUUCAAAUCAAAAUGCCAAUGCACUUAAAACACUUAAACAGUCAGUUCAASUUUUGGAUGAAAGUAUCAACUGCAUUAAUGCUGAUGGCUACCAGAUCGCACUGGCAGAUCGUUACAUAGAUUCCUGGAAACUGGUUUUCAAACUGCUCAUUGAGGAGAACAGGCGCAAGGAUGCGUUAAUUAUAAGUGAACAAUGUCGUGCAAAAGCACUAAAAUUCCAACUUUUGUCCAAACAUUUGGCGCAAAAUUACAAAGACAAUCAGAAAGAKGGGACUGAAUACGCAGAAAUCGAGUCAUUUAUACGAGAUCAGAAAUGUACUAUUUUAUAUUUUGUUUGGUGUUUUGAUGAUUUAUAUUGCUUUUUACUCAAAUCUACCGUGAGUGAAAAUGGUGAACAUUUUGUUCAACUAAAAAUGUACUUUGACAGAAACUGCAGACAGAGCCUUGAACUUGACUUWRAAAWACUUUUUGGWGAAAUGAAYGGAUUCUUAAAUCAAGACAKMAUCAAAAAAKUCRGGAGRAAUAAAAUUKURGGAMCAUCAUCAGAAAAUGAAGAAUGUACCUGUAAUACUGGAAAUCACUUUAAUUGCGAACAAAGUUUCACAAGCAGCAUUCAAAGACUCUCGGAAAUGCUCUUUGAAUCAGUUAUCGAUGAUAUAAACGACACAGACAASAUAGUCAUCAUUCCKGAAGGUUUAUUGUAUUUAAUACCUUUUGCAGCUCUGAUAAACCCAACGACGAAGCGCCAUCUUUCUCAGGAUAAACAGCUGUUAUUCUCUCCKUCGAUAGMCUCUCUGUUGAUUCACCAGACCUUGCCUGAUGAUUACUAUGCUCGCUCGGGAUCCCUUAUCAUAGGAAAUCCACUUGUCGACCAGAUUGAGGGCUUGGAAUCCUUGGCAGGAUCCCAAAAGGAAGCAGAAAYAAUUGCCCGUAUCAUURACGGUGUUAUGCCAUUAAUUGGUCCAAGAGCAACUAAAUCAGCUGUCCUGGAAAGGCUUUUUGAAGUCUGUAUUGCUCAUUUUGCAUGCCACAUCAAACUCGACCCAUCCGCCAUCGUCCUUUCUCCUGAAGGAUCGCCUCAACAUGUUGAUGAUGAAUCCUAUCUUCUCAAGCCGGAGGAUAUCAUGGAAAAAGACAUACAUGCUCGCUUAGUGGUGUUAAGUGGAUGUAACAGUGGACUUGGCAAGAUCUGUGCCGAAGGAGUGGUCGGCAUUGCACGUGCCUUCCUAGCUGCAGGAGCUUCAGCGGUGUUGGUUUCUCGGAAGGCGCACAUUUUACACACGAAGACGGUACACAGUUUACAGGCGAAGGCGCACAUUUUACACACGAAGACGGUACACAGUUUACAGGCGAAGGCGCACAUUUUACACACGAAGACGGUACACAGUUUACAGGCGAAGGCGCACAUUUUACACACGAAGACGGUACACAGUUUACAGGCGAAGGCGCACAUUUUUCACACGAAGACGGUACACAGUUUACAGGCGAAGGCGCACAUUUUACACACGAAGACGGUACACAGUUUACAGGCGAAGGCGCACAUUUUACACACGAAGACGGUACACAGUUUACAGGCGAAGGCGCACAUUUUUCACACGAAGACGGUAUACAGUUUACAGGCGAAGGCGCACAUUUUACACACGAAGACGGUAUACAGUUUACAGUCGAAGGCGCACAUUUUUCACACGAAGACGGUAUACAGUUUACAGGCGAAGGCGCACAUUUUACACACGAAGACGGUAUAUAGUUUACAGGCGAAGGCGCACAUUUUACACACGAAGACGGUACACAGUUUACAGGCGAAGGCGCACAUUUUACACACGAAGACGGUACACAGUUUACAGGCGAAGGCGCACAUUUUUCACACGAAGACGGUACACAGUUUACAGGCGAAGGCGCACAUUUUACACACGAAGACGGUACACAGUUUACAGGCGAAGGCGCACAUU